AGAUUGAGGCUCAGGAUGUCGGCAAGAUCUACAAAAUACGCAUCUACCACGACGGGAAGGGUAUUGGAGAUGGCUGGUUCCUGGAGACAGUGGACAUCAAGCGGCUGACGAUGGCCAUGGUGCAGGUUGAGGUGAAGAAGGAGGACACCAAGAAAGAUAAGAAGAAGGACAAAAAAAAGAAGAAGAAAGAAGAGGAAGAGGAGGUGGAGAUAGUUGAGGAACUGCAGGAAGUGGUGGAGACAUUUACUUUCACUUGUAACCGCUGGCUUGCCAGGGAUGAGGAGGACGGGGAGAUUGUGGUUGAGCUGCUGACUGAGGACAAUGAAGACCUGGAGGUGAACUCAUAUGAGGUUCAUGUGUUCACCGGGACCAUGUGGGGGGCGGGGACUGAUGCCAAUGUUUACAUCAACAUCUACGGAGAGACUGGCGACACAGGAGAGCGACGGCUCAGGAAGUCCAACAACCUGAACAAAUUUGAGAAAGACCAGGAGGAUAUUUUCAACAUCACAGCGGUUGACCUGGGGAUCCUGAAGAAGCUGAGAAUCCGACAUGACAACAGACAGGCCAGCGCCGGCUGGUUUCUAGACAGGGUGGAGAUUGUAGACAACAAAGAUGACAGCACGUACUUUUUUCCUUGUAAACGCUGGCUGGCUAUUGAUGAGGAUGAUGGACAACUUGCUAGGGAGCUGGUUCCUGUGGACGAGGCCUUUAUGAGGAAGGGGGAUGAUGAUGAGGAAGACUCUGAAGCCACACUCGGUCUGGAACAGAAAGGUGAGAGCAACAUUAUGGACAGCACAGAGAAUCAGACCUUUGAACAAGAGGGGAAGCCUUUUUUUAAAUUAAAUGAAUGA